AUGGAAAAUAAGACCGAGUAUGAGAGGGUGGCAGGAGAAACAGAACACGUCUUGAUCUUACCAGAUGGAAGACGACUAGCAUAUGCGCAUAACGGCCCAAAGACAUCUCGUACUGUGGUUAUUUUCUUCACGGGACUUUUCAGUGUUGGAUCUGCACCAAGAGUCCCAGAGCCAUGUCGCGAAGUUGGAGCGCACUGGAUUGCCCCUACCUUAUCAGGUAUGGGCAACACCAGUACGCGAGACACUUCAGUUCCUUACCAGAUAUGCCUCGCAAAAGAUAUGAUUGCCCUGCUUCAUUCUUUGUACCCAACAGAUGAGUUUGAUAAACUCUAUAUUGCGGGUGGAUCGUACGGAACGGUCCCAGCACAAAUGCUAUACGGAGCCAGCUACGACGUAUUCCCAGCUGGGCGCAGAAUUGCAGGAUGUCUUCUGAUGGCCGGCUUCUCUCCUUUGCGCUACCACGAAGGCUAUGCAAAAACACUCAACUGGCAAAAUUGGUUCUCGUUUGGGCCGCCUACACAAUUCAUCCCUUUUCAUCUACUUCAAUGGAUUUUCAGAGUCGCUAUUGGGUCCAAGCUGAAGUCUUUGAAUGGGACCCGGGAAUUUUUACAUAAAACGCUCAUCGAUAACAUGGAUGAAGAAGAGAGGUCGACAAUGGAAUCUUGGCUGGAGAAUAAUUCAUUGAAAGAGGACGAGUUUGUUGACCAGAUGGCCAAGGGAACUAUGAAAUGUUGUCUCAACUGGGCUGGGUUCAUGGAAGUAUCGGACAUUAUCCAUUCCGAUUGGGGGUUCGAUCCAAGGGUGCUUGAUGAUCAGCACGGAUCUAAGCCCAUCCUGAUAGUUGGAUCAAAAAGCGAUCAAAUUGGGGGAAGCACCAAUUCUUGGCUUUUGAAAAAUUACCGAUCGGCGACACUGAAAUUGAUUCCUGGAGGUCACAUCUCAUCCCUAUUUUAUAUGGAUGAGCUUUGGAGAGAUCUGAUGAGCAUGGUCUAA